UGCGCUCCGAAGAUAACACUUCUCUGUUUUAAACUGCUCGCUCGCCAGCCAAGGAAAGAAACUGUUCAUAUCUACUUCCACUUCUCACUCUACAACUCUGUUCAUCUGCUGCUGCUGCUGCUGCUAGUUCACUCUCUCUCUCUCUAGAACUUUCGUGAUCUCUGCAUAUAUUCCGUCGAUCGAUCGAUCGAUUCUCGCCGAUCUGAGUUCCGAUCGCUCUCUGAUCAUCAUGGCUUCCGGGCAGACCGCCUCGAGCAUCCUCUCCUCGUCCGUGCCGGAGGACGACGUCGAGUCCUCCGACGGCGCCGACGACCCCUACCUCGACGGCCAGCACCACCCCCAGGCCCGCGCCAACCUCUCGCGGCUGUCCAUGUGCAACAGCAGCUUCUCCUGCGCCGACGACGACGACGACGACGACGACGAGGAGUACGCGUUCGCGGAUUUCUACGGCGGCGCCGCCGGCGGAGGAGCGGCGGGCGACGCUACUGGCGGGGUCGGGGCCGGGGCCGCGGCCGUGGUGUCGAGCUACCUGUCGAGGCUGUCCGUGGAGAGCUUCGACGGGGACGCCGACGAGGAGCUGUCGGACGAGAAGGAGCGGCUGCCGGGCGGGGGGGCGGCCGAGCUGACGUCGGACUCCGGCGGGGAGCCGGAGUGCUACUCGCUCCCGGCGACGCCGCGGCGGCGGAGGAGCCGCGGGGGGCCGGCGAAGCGGGGAUCGGCGGGGCUGAAGGAGUACGCGAGCGAGAGCGAAGGGCGGACGUCCGUUAGGGUGAGGAAGUACGCGAGGAGGAGGAUCAUAAGGGAGAGAUUCGCGAGCGGCGGCGGCGGCGGCGGCGGCGGCGAGAGCGACAAGCUCAAGAGAGACGAGCAUUGCUGCAACAACAGCUUCAGCGGGGAGAGCGAAGGAGGAGGUGGGGGAGGGCUGAUGGUGAUAACCAGGCCCAAGGGAGGGAGGAGGAGCCUGUGCAUGGACUUGGAGGAGGUGAAGGCGUGCAGGGACCUGGGGUUCGAGUUGGAGCACGAGCGGAUGGUGGAGAUGCCGAGCCGGCUCUCGAUCUCCGGAUCCACGCUCGACACGAGCAGCGGCGGGAAUUCUCCGAUCGCCAACUGGCGCAUUUCGAGCCCCGGUGACGAUCCGCGCGACGUGAAGGCGCGGCUCAAGGUCUGGGCGCAGGCGGUGGCGCUCGUAUCCACGUCUCGCCACAGCAACUGAGUUUUCGUUUCUUACUGGCCAAUCUUCUCUGCCUAUAGUUUUCUGUUUUCCGGCUUUGAAACUGUCCUUCUCUUGUCGAA